AUGAGAAAUCACACAACAAUAAUCACUUUCAUUCUUCUGGGAUUGACAGAUGACCCACAACUGCAGAUUCUGCUUUUCAUAUUUCUACUUAUCGCCUACAUGCUGGGCAUUACUGGAAACCUCAUGAUCCUCCUCCUCACAAUAGUGGAUGCCCGCCUAAAAACUGCUAUGUACUAUUUUCUGCAAAAUUUUUCUAUCUUGGAGAUUUUAUUCACUUCUGUUGCUAUUCCUAGAUAUUUAUACAGUGUAACAACAGGUGAUAGAACAAUUACCUAUUAUGCUUGUGCGUUUCAAUUAUUUUUUGUAUAUCUAUUUGGUGUAACAGAAUUUUUCCUCCUGGCCACUAUGUCCUAUGAUCGAUAUGUCGCCAUCUGUAAACCUCUUCAUUACAUGACUAUUAUGAAUCAGCAGGUCUGCAGAAGACUUGUCUCCUGCUGCUGGGUGAUUACACUGUUGGUCUUAAUUCCAUUUGUUAGUGUGGUAAUGGGACUCGAAUUCUGUGAUAAUAAUGCCCUUGACCACUUUUCUUGUGAUGUUAAUGCUCUUAUAAUGAUCUCAUGCUCAGAUACACAGUUUAUAGAGAACUUGGUUAUUAUCUGUGCUGUAUUUAUACUCAUUGCCACUCUCCUGUUUGUGGCUUGGUCCUACACUUGUAUCAUUCGAACUAUUCUUCGAUUCCCUUCCGCACAGCAGAGGAAAAAGGCAUUUUCCACCUGUUCCUCUCAUAUGACUGUGGUUUCCAUAACUUAUGGCAGCCUUAUUUUUAUCUAUGUGAAACCUACAACAAAAGAUGCAAUGAAAAUUAACAAGGGGAUCACUUUGUUCGCUACUUCUGUAUCCCCUAUGAUAAACCCAUUUAUUUAUACCCUGAGGAACAAACAAGUAAUUCAAGCCUUGAAAGAUUUAGUCAAAAAACUUCUACUCUCAAGGAAUUAG